UCAAAUAAUUUUCCUUAUCUCCAGUCACAGCGUGUAUUUUAAUGUAUUUUCAGAAACGCCACCUGAACCUAUAUCUCGACUUUAUCCCCUUGUCGCAUCGACGAGGUUCCUACGAAGAACAGUGACGAAGUCAACCACGACAGUGUGACGCCUAAAGGAAUAGGAGAUCUUUUUGGAUCAGUCAACUAAUGUUUCUUGCUUGUUCCUGUUGUGCUGUUUAUGGAUGGGUAUUUUCUCGCAGUCAGUUUGUUCCGAAGCUGUGCUACUGCUGCUGCCGGUGUUGCAUUCAUCGCGCGGAUUUUCCGCCGGGAAAGGGCCUUAAAGUUGUGUUGCUUUAGGCCCCUUUCCCGUCUAUUCUCUCUCAACGGCCGCCAUGGCGCGGCCUUUCGGUUCCUUGGGGCCGGCUCUAUACAGACAGCGACGAUAAAAAAUUCUGCGCGCCCAGCGCCUUCCGCGCUCAGUCCACUAUCUGGCGCUACACAACCAUCAGCUUCUACUUUUACACAAGCGAAACACUCAUUGCACUGCAUUUAUAUUGUGCCAGCACGACGGCACGUAACGCCGAACUGUUGUGGGAGCUGAUUGCGGGCUUGUGGUUAAGGUGCGGCCAGUGAGCACCAAAAUCGGACAGCUUCAUCCGUUUGGCAUCCAGAGCAGCACAUAGCCUUUCCCCGGCGGCGGACCCGUUUAAAGAGCGCGAGGGGCAAAGGGCAAGGGCAACGAAAGGGGCUUUGGUUGGCGAGCCGCUCCUCCCCCCGUCGUGCCGCUGUACCAUGAUGGUUGAACGAAUUUAACAAGGCAAGAAGCAUCAAGUCGCGCGCACGAGACACAAUCAUAGAGAAAUAUAAAAGUGCAAAAAGAAAGAAGGAUAGAAAAGGAAAGAAAGGGUGAGAGCGAAGGCCGCCAGUGUCUGUGGCUAUAGAGUGUAUCCUACUUGCAUCGAUCCGUGUUCAGCUGCUCCUUGGCUGAUUAAGAGCAGCCAGCUGCUGCUGCUGCUGUGCUGUGAGGGGUUAGUCUGGUCUGUUGUGCUGCGGUCUGGUUUAUUGUGAUCGGUUGAUUGUUCGGUUGAUGGUGUAACACGCUCUCCCCCGAUAGAGUUGUACUUUUUGAGGUUGCGCGCGCCAGUGCUAGUGCUGCUUGUUCUAAUAAUAAUAACAACAAAAGGCGCCGCCGUCGCUGCUGCGGUCGUUGUCGUCAUAACCAGCCGCCGCCGCCGCCGCCGCAGCAGCGGCAGCAGUUCCUGUGUCGUCAUCAACUGACAUCUCCUGCAGCUCUGUUCCUGGGACAGUGGCACACGGCGACAGGGACGAGGACACAGUUGUCGUUUGCUGAAAUACGCCAGCCGCCUCUAGUUACCCAUUGGCUCGUGGUUAUAUAUGGUAGUAGACAGUCGUUCUCUGUCCCUAAACUACCAGCCAACUGAUCGAAAAUUAGCGGCAAAGGCGACAGCAGUAAAACGAAUUUGCAGAGGCAACGACGACUUCUUGACAUCUGUGUCCCUUUCUCUGCCACUUGCUGGGGUCAUCCUCUGCCAUUGACCGUCCAUCUGUAUCGUGUGCCAGAUACCCACACGCGGUGACAAUCGGAGCUAUUGUUGGUUAUCUACUGACUAUCGGUCACUACCGUUUGAGUCAGUUCGAUCAUGAACAACGGUUGGCUGUCAGCUUCUUUCUCCAUUUGUCUCUUUCGUGCCGAAUAGCAAGCGAAAGGGGGCUUGCACUUUUGACACUUCGCGCACUCGAUCACCGUCUCAGUGCAGCUGUUGCCAGCGGCGCUCACAGCUUUCACUAAACGCAGCUGUAGCAACGUAGCGCAGGAGCAGAGGACCGACUGACGUCAUCCGCCGUUGCGCUGCCUUCCUUCGCAGUCCCGUAUCGCGCACACGCAUACGGUGAGCUCCGGUUGGCCCGUUGACAUCUGGAAUCAGCAGCGGCGGGACGGCGGCGCUACCAUUUAGCAUCGGCACCAGACACGAUCACACAUGCGGUACAUCGCUGUCACUGUAUCAAUGGACGUGACAAACUACGUACCUUGGGUACGUUGACAUUCGGUUAGAAAACUGCUACGAGCUGCAGAGAGUGCGUUAAUAAACGGGGUGAUACAGGUGGCACUGUUUGUGGUUUGCGUCUUCACAGACAGAAUUUUGUAUGGCAGACGCGUACGGGGAGGAGGAUAGAAAUCUGCGCCCAGAAACGACCAGCGAGCAAUUCGCGGCUGAAAACCAAUUACGCCUUUCAGCUGGUCUAGCUACGUCAGUGGCAUUUGAAAUAGGUCUGUGAAGGUUGGUGAGAGUCCGAUGAAAAGCCGGUAUUCUCCUGCCGUGAAGUGUAACAGCUUUCAAGAAACGUUGCGCCGAGUCGCGCCGUACAGCCCGGUGUCACAGUGUUUGUCAAGUGUUGUAUAUAAACCAGUGUACAAGGAAGAUAUAUAUAUUCGGCCGCCAACUCGAGAUCGUUUCCUGCUGUAGCGGCACGAGUACCAUUACCGUUACCGUUACCGUACUAACAUAAUUACAAACGUCUGCUUAUGCAAGGAUUUAUUUGAUAUACUCGUGUUGUAACAAAGAAGACAAGAGCAGAAACAAAAACCAACGGUUCGAAAGCGAUGUCAUUUUUGCCAGUAGCGUUUGCCCUGGCGCGGCUGAUCGCGUUAGGCCAAACUGUCGCAAUUGUCCCUCGUGAAUUCGAGUUUAAGCACCAUAACAAUUAUGAACUGAACAAAAAGCUCGAACGUAUUCAGAGUGAAUGCCCCUCGAUAACACUGCUUUACGAGCUGAACUACCGGUCGCUGAAGGGGUGGCCAUUGACCGUUAUCGAAUUUUCCAACAACCCCGGCGUUCACGAACUACUGGAACCGGAGUUUAAAUACAUUGGAAAUAUGCACGGCAACGAAGUGCUUGGACGUGAGAUGCUGCUGAAGCUGGCGGAUGACCUGUGCAAGCAAUAUAACGCGGGCGAUCCCGAGGUGACACGGCUGAUUAACACAACCCGUAUUCACAUCAUGCCAUCUAUGAACCCUGACGGCUGGGACAAGGCCACGGAAGUAAGGACAACAGGCCAUGCUGCUGGCGCCAGCAGCAGCACUAGUGCUGCCGGCUUAAACGGUGCAGGCAUCGGGGUCAGCCAUUUAGCCCUUUCCUUCCCACAAUUGCUACGUAUGUGGUGGAGCAAACGAGAUUGGCUGACGGGCCGCGGAAACGCAAACGACGUGGAUCUAAACCGAGAUUUCCCCAACCUGAACCGGAAGUACAACAAAAUUCGCAGGGCAGAUAGUGAUGCAAAGGCUCACCAUCUCUUCGAUGGUAACCUCGAUCAUGCCAUCCAGCCGGAGACCCGCGCUGUCAUCGAGUGGAUCAUCUCGAAACCUUUUGUGCUCUCAGCCAAUCUUCACGGAGGCGCCCUUGUUGCUAAUUAUCCCUUUGACGAUACAGCUGACGGAACCGUUAGAAGGUACACCGCCUCACCUGAUGAUGAUGUGUUUAGGUACCUGGCCAGAGUAUACGCAGACAACCAUCCUGAUAUGCAUAUUGGGAGAUCUUGUGAUGCGAGCGAUGGCUUUCAGAAUACCAAAGGCAUCACGAAUGGUGCUGCUUGGUACGCAGUGGCCGGAGGAAUGCAGGACUUUAACUAUCUUUCAUCUAACGAUUUCGAAAUCACACUGGAGCUCGGAUGUGAAAAAUACCCUUCGGCAGAUCAACUCCCGAUUGAAUGGAAGCGCAAUCGACGAGCUCUCUACGAAUUCAUGUGGAGAACCCAUCAAGGUAUCAAGGGAUUUGUCGUUGAUGCUGAAACCCACCAGCCGAUUUCCGGAGCAGAGAUUUCAAUAUUCAACAUCAGUGAUGAUGGAGUACCCGCACGCCUGAAGCACGAUGUUACUUCAACGAAGGCCGGGGAAUUUUGGCGCAUCCUCUUGCCUGGCCAUUAUACGGUUCAGGCCUCAGCACCAGGCUAUGAGGCUCAGCGAGUCACUCUGACGGUUCAACCGUUCAGCAAAAAUUCCGACCCAACCCGGGUCGACUUCAAGCUGCAGCCGCUCGAGGUUACGGUACCAACCAGAGAUGCGAACUCCGAUCCAGACAAAGAAUCGCUUGAUAUUCUCGCGCUGAUCGAAGCGGAGGCCCGACGUAUCAGACUCCAAGAACGUGAGCAACAGCUGGAACGCGAGCAGAAUUUCAUGGAACGACUGCUCCAAGAUCAACAGGACAACUAAAUAUAGGACUUUAAUAUGACGAUCCUUUUGCUCGAAAAAGCAGAGCAAAACGAACGCGUAUUAAGAAAAAACGGCCACAUUGGUAAAGAAAAGCUAACUAUACCUGGCGUACCUAAGAGGCUCGUCAAGCUAUAUGCAUCUAAGGGGAAAACAUACUCGGGCAUAAUCGUUUAUUAAUUAUAAUUACGUGCUGUAUAAUAUAAAAAAGAACAAGAAUGUGAUUUGGAUGGAGUUGUGUGUGUAAACUGUGCAGAAAACUGCACGCUUAACAGGCAUGGGGCUAAGUAUACGAAACAAGACGUAUGUAGUGGAGUCUAGCUAACGGUGCGCUGUUCGUAAUUAUUAUGAUUAUAUAUAUAAGCUGUGGUAAAAGACUUGGAUAGAAGCGUCAUUUACAGCUGAAGAGAAUGGACAGCAGAUAGUCUGCGUGGGAAAAAGCUUAAUUCUACAAAAUCAAUAGUCAUACGAAGAGAGGUUAUACGCUGGAAAUUUAAAGGGACCUAAAUUAGGUUAUGGCCGUAUUUAGAGAAAAGGUUGCAUACCUAAUUAACCUGUCUGGAAAGACAAUAGCAAGUAAACGCGCUUCUCCCGGUCGAACACCGUUUGUCAGUUUCGAUGAUCCUGUACAAAUCGGGUUUCGGUAGUUAACUGGUUGCAGAAAUACCACUGAAUCGUACAUAAUUGAUCGGUUUUACUUUGAGAACCUUAAAACUGAUAUUGGUUGAGAUCCUAAAUACAUCGCCAGCAGGGCAGGACAUUGCAGUUAGUAGGAUAUGUGAUAGAACAUGCAGCCAGAUCUGUGUUUGAGUACUCUGCUAUAAUAUCAGUUUCUCGAAUGUAUGAUUCUUGCUUCUUUUUAAUGCAACUGUUGCAUGUUCUAUCCUCGUUGGUGCAGCUCGUUAAAGGCUAAGAUCAACGAACUGCAGCCUAUGUUCAAUUCAUGGCAGUUGAACAAGAUGUCAUCGAAUGUGGGCCAGUGUUUUGUAUAUGAAACUUCUUACGAUGCGAAACACUAAAGUUCGGUUGAUAUCGCCCUAAAUCAUGCGGAACUUUAGCUGUGUUUUAUGUAAAAUAACUAUAAGCAGAACUGAUGCGUUGCGUCAGCCGUCCCAGGCACGCUUUGUACAAGCGAAAAAAGAUCAGGAUUUUGCAUGGAGCAAAGCAAUUGACAGAGCUUACGCGUAGGUUGAUUUGUUUCAACGUUGAUUACAAGCCUAAGGAAGUUUCAUUUAAAUAUCAAUUAACUGUAUUCAUUCCCCUAAAUAUCAGAACCCAUUAAUUUGUGAUAGGAUUAUGAUGUUUUGAACAGUCUGCUCAGUUUUAUGAAUAACUUAUUUCUUAUCGCUCUGAAAACGUUCAUCUAUCUUCGCCUCGCCUCGCCUCAUCCCUGGCAUACAUCCUGUUCCACGUAAAACUUUGCAAUUGUCGUAUAUAUAUAAUCUACCCGAGUAUAUAUAUAUACUUUCUUGAAAGCGAUGUGACAGACUCUCUCCUCUAUAAACGUAGAAUGUGGAGACGAUGAGCUUGGGAAACUCGCGUGAAUGAUCUUUGAUGUGGGUAGAACUAUUACCGGAUACGUUCUUUGCCCUCCUAGCGGAAACUGCUAUAGAAAAUAAGCUACUGAGAUUCUGGCACAGUUCAGCAAAGGGCUUUUGAUGUAUCCAAACGCAGUUGUGUCGGAACGCUUGUGGAGAACGUAGCAAAAUACGAAUGCUUGUUUUCAGUUUGUAAUCACUUGCUGUGGUGUUUGACCUUUCGAGCGGCUUCGUCGGAUGUGGAAGUGGUGCUUCAUUAAUGAUGCUGAAAAAUUCAGAUAAAAACAUCAGAAAACAAAAAACGAAAAUUGAGUGCUUAUACAGAAUCGUAAAGAUUAACCAAGUAUCUAAUGGCAUCGUUAUGUUCUAAAUUUGGCGCUUUUUUUUUUUUUUUUUUACUACAGCUAGAUGUUUGUAGUAAACCCACGCACUUUUCCGAGUUCAUUCGCUAUUUUGGCAAACCAGGUGUACUCAAUUUUUCUAAUUAAUUCUCUUUAGAAUAUGGGCUUGGGUGGCUUAAAGUGGGCUUAUAAUUGCUCUUUUAUGUUGGCCUUAUUAAAUUACCUAUUAUACGCCAAAGAAGUUGUUUCUCUUUUCAAAAUACGUGAGCCGCUACAUACAUAGCCACUUAGGCCAUAUUUUC